ACCAUUCUCCGGUUUCCUUUUCAGUAUCUAGGGUUUUCGCGGUCGUCUGUCACCAGGCUUUUACUCUCCGGUUCUUGCUUUGCAGUGGGAAGGCAGGCUUCUCCUAAUGGCAGAGGACCCUCAAUAUUCCUCCCGGUUGGAUAACAAGCGAAGGUUCGAGGAUCAGAGUGGUGCUACCUCUCCAUCUCCUGCUACCUCAGCGUCUGGCCGGAGGCCCACCGGGUUCUCGGCUCCUAUCAUCUCGCCAACUUCGGGCGCCGCAGCACUGUCGUCUUACAAUAAUGUUCCGCCCCCUCCCGAUGGCAUCGAGCUUGCCAAGAAGCGGGCUCAGGAGAUUGCUGCAAGGAUAUUCAGCGUUGCCGAGGCUAAGAGGCCCAAGCUUGAAAGCGAUGGUGGUUCUGAAGAUUCAAGCAACAAGGGUUUUAGCACCGACCAAUCACUAAAGCCAAUGGGUCAGUCUAUAGCAUUGCAACUUGGGGGGACCAAUUCAACUUUAUCUUCUCAUGUCUAUUCAGGUUCAAGCAAAAAAAUUGAGAUUCCUAAUGGCAGGGUUGGGGUUAUCAUUGGUCGAAGCGGAGAAACAAUAAAAUAUCUUCAGGUGCAAUCUGGAGCCAGGAUUCAAAUAACUAGAGAUGUAGAUGCUGAUCCUAAUUCACAGACGAGAACUGUAGAACUUAUUGGCACCACUGAGCAGAUUAGCAAGGCUGAACAAUUGGUAAAUGAGGUCCUUUCUGAGGCUGAAAGUGGUGGCUCUGGUCUCUCCUCUGCUCGAAAAUUAUCUACUGUUCCUGCUAAUUCUGAGCAUUUUUCAAUGAAAGUUCCUAACAACAAGGUUGGCUUAAUAAUUGGCAAAGGUGGUGAGAAUAUAAGAAACAUGCAGACUACUUGUGGUGCACGUAUCCAGGUGAUACCACUGCAUCUACGUCCAGGAGAUCCCUCAACUGAGAGAACCGUACAUAUAGAUGGCACGAAAGAACAGAUUGAAUUAGCAAAACAGUUGGUCAAUGAUGUUAUAAGUAAUGAGAACCGUGCUCGAAACCCACAAACAGGGGGUUAUCACCCGCCCAGGCCGCCAACGAGCUGGGUUCCCUCAGGAGCACCACAACCUGGUUAUGGCUACAUGCAGCCAGGAGCUUAUCCUGGUUCUGCACCUCAAUAUAACAUGUCUCAGCCACCUUAUAUGGGAUAUCCACCUCAAGCUCAACAAACCGCCCAAGGUACAGGAUAUGAUUACUAUAACCAACAACAACAGCAACAACAACAGUUGCCGCCACCACCAGCACAGGCUGGGGGAACCUCAAUUCCCAUGGAUGGCAACACUUACAACUACAGCCAGAUUCCAACAGCCUACAACGGGCAAGCAACAUAUGGUGAAUCCACGUAUUCUCAGGCUGCUGUUGGGUAUCAGCAAAGCUAUGGACAGGUGGGUGAUUAUAAUCUAGCUGGACCUCAGGCUGGCUAUACUCAACCAAUUUCAAAUCCUCAAGCUGCCUAUAGCUCUGCUUCGUCUUAUGGUAAUACUGCACAAUCAACUCAAGAGGGAUCUAAUAUCCCCAACUAUGGCGUUGAAACUUCUACCCCACAAGCUCCAACUGGUCAACAGCCAGGUGCCACAACACAGCCUGGAUAUGCUGUGACUCCUACAUCUCAGCCAGGAUAUGCUAGCCAACCUUCUGCUCAUGCUAACUACUCCCAAUCUGCACCUCUGCAGCCAUCUCAAGCCGGCCUUGCUCAGCCUGCUUAUGGCCAUUCUGCACAGGGAUAUUCCCAGCCUCCAACUGCUCCAUCUGGUUAUGCUCAGGACCCUCAGCAGCUCCCACCUGGGUAUGUUUCUGGGGUUCCGCCGGCGGGCUAUGGACAGACGUCUUAUGGUGGUUAUACUCAGCAGCAAACUCAGGUGUAUGGUGAUGCAUACUCUGGCAGUGCUUUUUCGCAGCCUCCAUAUUCUACCGAUGGCAUACCUACAACCUCCGCGGAACUGGCCCCCUCAAGUGGAGCGACAAAAGGUUCUCACCAGUGUUGAUACGUGCUAUUUUUAUUUAUCCCCUCUGAAUUACUAGUUAUCAUGGAAAUGUUGUGGUAUAAGGUUUUGACUCUAUUUUGGAGUUGUUUUAGUUUUAAGUCUAAGAUUUGUUAUGAAUAUUUUUAAUUUCUUUUGAAACUAAAUGCUAUUUUAGCAUUAGGAUGCUUUAAUCUUGAUUGCAGAUGAAAA